UUUAUACUAUAAUCAGCCUGUAUACUAUAUCGAUAUUAAAUAUCAAAUUUCAAUAAGUUCAUAAUUCAGUUAACCACAAAUUGCAAACAUGCCACAAAAAAGUGAACCUCCAACCCGCCGACGUUCGUCGCACCGUCGAAGUUCGGAGCGAAUAUCAAUUUGCAACAGACGGGAUGUGGAAAAAGAUAUUGAGGAACAGUUCAGCAAAAAGUUUCAAUUCUCCGCUUUGAAGUCGGAGAUUCCAAUGCUACCGCCACUGGACACUGUUUACUCUGGACCGCCUUAUUUCAUAGAAGUUCUACAGAAGGUAAAAAACGAUCUGAACGCCGUCAAAAACCGGCUAAACGAUUUUGAGAUUAGCCACUGGCACCAACACACUCGGAACCGGUCUUCGCUGCUUCCGAUUCUGCACGAACUGCGCCACCGAAUCGGAGGCGAGUUUGUAACGCAGGCUUUUGCAAAGCUGUACGAAUGCGUAGCCGCCUACGAGUUGGUUCCGCGAGACCGUAAGGAACUUUUCAGUGUGCAUCUGUGUGAAGCACCGGGAGCGUUUAUUACGGGCUUGAACCAUUAUCUGCAGCUCAAUCGAAAGGGAAUCCGGUGGCAGUGGUUUGCCAAUACGCUGAAUCCGUACUACGAGGGUAACUGUUUGGGAAAUAUGAUCACCGACGAUCGGUUUAUAUAUCACACCCUAGACUCUUGGUGUUUCGGCGAGGAUUUCACCGGUGACGUUAUGAAGCGGGCGAAUCUGGAUGCCAUCGUCCGACGCAGCAAGCAGUUUCGCGAGGUCAAUCUGGUCACGGCAGACGGAUCCAUCGACUGUCUGGACAUCCCGGAAGCCCAAGAGGAGCACGUAUCCCACCUGCAUCUGGCAGAAGCGGUGACCGCUCUCAAGAUACUCACCGUCGGUGGUUCGCUCAUCCUCAAAAUGUUUACACUAUUCGAGCACUGCAGCGUUAAUUUGCUCUACCUUCUGUACGUUUGCUUCGAGCAAUUGAACGUAUUCAAGCCGUGCACAUCCAAACCGGGCAACUCUGAGGUAUACAUAAUCGCAAAGGGCUUCCGGCCGCCCGAAGGAAUCGAUCGUUAUCUGAAUAGGAUAUUCGAUAACCUUUAUUCGGAAAACGCGAUGUUCGACAGGCAGUAUAUUCCCGAUGAUUUCAUAGAGCAGGUUCAUCGAUGUUCUUAUGACUUCAUGGCUGCUCAACAGAACGUAAUUGAGCAUAACAUACAUUUCUACCGGCGAAAAGAUGAACAGGAGGAUUUGAGGUUAAAGCAUUCCAAGCAACAAAUGUGCCGAGCGUUUUUUGAAACCUAUUCAAUCAAACCUAUUCGACCGACGGAAAUGAUACUAAAUGGCGUUGAUAUCGCAAACGGAAUGGUCAAUAUCAAUCCAAGAGAUAAUAGCGGGACAUACAACGAGCGAAGCUCGAUGAGCUCGCUGAGCGGAGAACAAAGAAUGAAUAUGCUAAGAGAAAGGUUGGAAAAUCUGGUACAAAACAUGCCAAUAUUUUUACCGCGGUCUCGUCUCACAGAUCGUCCUCUCAAACGAAUUAAUUCCUGCAUUGAAACCCUCAGCCUAACCAGUGGUAAGCCUAUAAAGAGGCUGCAGAGUAGCAAAUUUAUCGCCAUUACCUACCUUCGAUUCCUGAUGGAAGUAAUCGAGCUUGCAACUGUAACUUGUACUCCCAACAGUGAAUCUACUCUCAUAACUUUCGAUCGCUCCUCAUAUAUUCUAACGAUUAGUAUAGAGGAGUACGCAACCAUCGCUGACCAUGACAGCUAUGAAAAGUAUCUUUUCCAAGUACUAUUCAAAUGUAUCGAGGAACUACCGCUCGAGGAGAGCGUCGAUCAUCUAGUCGUAGAAAAUUGGCUGCUGUUAACGCAAUUCAGCGUUGGGCUAGUUUUCCUUCUUAAAACGUUUGUUUUUGAACAAAUCGAGCGAACAUCACCGACCAAGCUGAAAUUUUCCGGUCUUAAACCGGAUGGGAUCGCCAGCAUGCAGUAUCUCAACGAAGCACUACAAUCGGAACAGAAUCGCUGUGCUCCAACGAAAUCGGUGUUCGGGUUGGUUCCCAUCCCGUUGCUGUUCGACGGGGGUUUCUACUAUGCUGUGAUAAACUACAAUGUCAGUCUAUGCUUGCGGUACUGCGAACAGUUGCUAGGCAAGUGGAGUACAAAAUAG